AAUUACCGCCAACUCUUUCCCAAUGCAUCCCCCUCGAUUAGCUGACUACCGUCAUUCUAUCGCCAACCCAGGGAAAGUAAACGGUCAAGAGAGGAAGAGACAGCCUCGUUACUCAUUCCGCCCUCCCCCAGAAACAAUCGCUUUCACGGUGGGAUCCACCGUUAGAGGGAUCUAAAAAAAGGAAUUUUUCGAGCUUAAAUAUCAGCCAUUCUUGUGCUUCCACUUGUAAUCCGCCGGCGACUGUCUUUAACAUCACCGGCGUCGAUGGUACAAAAAAAAGCCCUUUAUCCGAUCAAUGUGAAGAAUCUCAGAAUCAGAAUUUUUAGUUUCUACUAAUGAGCAACCGAGCCCCAACCCAGAGCAUAUAUAUAGAUCCCAUUUUGGCUUUCAAACGAUGUCGAUUUUGAGGCGGAGGAACGUAACGGAUUCCUCAAAUUCCCCAAACUCUGAACCCAACAUCGAAAAAGAAGAUGACAAGAAAAAGCAAUACAAGAGCCCCCGAAGAGAAAGGUAUAGUUCUAAAAAAUGGUCGUGUUGGGACAGCUGUUGUUGGUUCAUCGGUUUCAUAUGUUCGAUGUGGUGGUUCUUGUUGUUCUUAUACAACGCAAUGCCCGCUUCGUUCCCGCAGUACGUAACGGAGGCGAUAACGGGGCCGUUGCCGGACCCUCCCGGUGUCAAGUUGAGGAAAGAGGGCUGGACGGUGAAUCACCCAGUGGUGCUCGUGCCUGGGAUUGUGACAGGUGGGCUCGAGCUUUGGGAAGGGCGCCAGUGUGCUGAAGGGUUGCUUGGGAAACGCCUUUGGGGUGGCUCGUUUGGAGAAUUAUAUAAAAGACCAUUAUGCUGGCUUGAGCACAUGUCACUUGAUAAUGAAACUGGAUUGGACCCUCCUGGUAUAAGGGUCAGGCCUGUAUCUGGACUUGUGGCAGCUGAUUAUUUUGCAGCAGGUUAUUUUGUUUGGGCUGUCCUAAUUGCUAAUUUGGCUCAGAUUGGGUAUGAGGAAAAAUCAAUGUAUAUGGCUGCUUAUGAUUGGAGGUUAUCUUUUCAGAACACGGAGGUCAGGGACCAAACUUUAACGAGAAUAAAAAGUAACAUAGAGCUCAUGGUAGCUACAAAUGGUGGGAAAAAGGUAGUAGUCGUUCCGCAUUCAAUGGGAGUCCUGUACUUUCUGCACUUCAUGAAAUGGGUUGAAGCGCCAGCUCCCAUGGGUGGUGGAGGCGGAUCAGAUUGGUGUGCUAAGCACAUAAAGGCAGUAAUGAACAUUGGUGCGCCCUUUUUAGGUGUUCCAAAAUCGGUCUCACUGCAUUUUUCUAUUGAAGUCAGGGAUAUAGCCAUGGCCAGGGCUUUUGCACCAGGUUUUCUGGACAAAGAUGUACUUGGUCUUCAAACUUUUCAGCAUUUAAUGCGGAUGUUUCGUACAUGGGAUGCCACUUUGUCAAUGAUACCAAAAGGUGGGGACACUAUCUGGGGUGGGCUUGAUUGGUCACCAGAAGGAGGAAGCUUUAACUGUAGUGCGAAAAAGUUGAAGAACAAUAGCACUCAUAAUACAGGUCAAAACGCAAACAGCAAUUUGGGUGAUAUGAAAGGUGUGAAUUAUGGGAGACUUAUUUCAUUUGGGAAAGAUGUGGCUGAGGCACAUUCCUCCAAAAUUAAGAGGGUUGAUUUUAAGGAUGUUGAGAAGGGUGAUAAGCUUGCCAACUCAAGCAACUGUGAUGUUUGGAUAGAGUAUCAUGAAAUGGGCAAUGGCGAUAUCAAAGCAGUUACCGAUUACAAAGUUUACACUGCUGGAUCAAUUUUGGAUCUGCUUCAUUUUGUUGCCCCCAAGUUGAUGGCACGGGGAGCUGCUCAUUUUUCGUAUGGGAUAGCUGAUAAUUUGGAUGACCCAAAGUAUGCACACUACAAAUAUUGGUCAAACCCCUUAGAAACAAAGUUGCCAAAUGCUCCGGACAUGGAAAUCUACUCAAUGUAUGGAGUUGGUAUCCCCACUGAAAGAGCUUAUGUCUACAAAUUAACUACUGCCCCUGAUUGCUAUAUUCCGUUUCAGAUAGACACCUCAGUAAUGGGUGAUAGUGAAGAGUCAUGUCUAAAAGAUGGUGUUUUCUCUGUUGAUGGAGAUGAGACAAUUCCUACUUUAAGUGCAGGUUUCAUGUGUGCAAAAGGUUGGCGGGGUAAAACCAGAUUUAAUCCUUCAGGAAUUCGUACUUACAUAAGGGAGUACAAUCAUGCCCCUCCGGCUAAUCUUCUAGAAGGUCGAGGCACCCAAAGUGGAGGUCAUGUUGAUAUAUUGGGGAACUUUGCUUUGAUUGAGGAUAUAAUCCGAGUAGCAGCUGGGGCCACUGGUGAGGACCUGGGUGGAGACCGUGUUUAUUCUGAUAUUUUUAAAUGGUCUGAAAGGAUCAACUUACAGCUCUAGGUUCAGGACUCAGGAGUGAUGACAAAGAUCUUCUUUCACUUCCUCCUGCAGUUAACCUUACGAAUUGAACUAUACCCAUUGUUGUUGGCGGUGGCAGACGUCGUCGUGGGCACUCAGUUUGUUGCUUGCGUUGAACUAAUGAAGUGCAAGAAAUGGGAUUGAGCUCUUCACAGAUGUUGUAUUCUCCUUCUGUUGUACUUGAAAAGUUCUUUCUUUUGUUUCUGCAAUGCAUCAAAUUGUAGUGCAUGAAAAUGGCGUCCCUCCCUAUGACAUGCCAGGCACCUUUAAUUCUAGCUAGGAGCACUUACCUUGAUCUUCAGAUAUUUAUAUUCUAUUAAUUUAUUGUUAUAGCAGUUCAUAAAUUCAUACUCUUGUCUUUCUUCUCCCUUCUGAAAUAAUUAUGAAUCUCUUUCUCUAUGCUUGAUGUGUGCGUGCCUGUGCGUGCCUGUGCGUGCUUGUGCCCUUGCCUCGUUGCUCCCUUCAGGCAACGCGCUUUCCAUGCAGAAAUACCAACAGUUCAGCGUUUAUUUUUCCCAUAUUAAUUGAGCUGUUGUGCUCUGCUUUCGGAACAUUAAGCCUCCUCGAAGAAAGCAUGGGAAAUGGUGUUAGUUAUU